AUGGAAUUAGCUGCGAGCUUCGGGAGUGGACUGAGGCAGCUAAGAGCUGCUGGGCGUCGUGCUGAUGGUGCACUGGGUUCUGGCGCUUCCUACAGCCACAGUCUGUGCGGCCAGUCAGUGGUUCGAUGCCUGUUCCACUGGGAAAACCAGUUCCCAUGCAUCGACGGCCACGCUGAACUGCUUCAUGCAUCCCUGAUAUGA